AAUUCAAAGAAGACCCAUCACCUCUGUUAAUUAUGACUAGAAAUUUAUAAGGUCUAAGACAAUAGGACGCAAUAUAAUCUCAGUAGUGUUUAAAGAUAUAAACAAUGUACGAAAUACUUUAAAUAAGUUGUGUUUUUUUGUAUUUAAUAACCAUCUCUAUUAUUAGAAAUUUAUUAGAUAAACAAUUUAAUUUCCAUCAAUAAUCAACGCUUGUCAGGACGUUGUUCAUUAAACGUGUACCGCAUUACUAUAAUAAUUAAUGUAGCAAUCAACUCGUUAAUUUGAUAUUUAGCAGACUAUUAAAACUGAUAACAAUUUAAACGUUGAUACGAGUUAUUAUACAGACUUCAAUUACUUAUUACGACAAAGCAAUUUAUCACCUAAAACGUUUAUAGUAGAGAUUUCGUAGUCCUAAUUAUGAUAAUAUAAAAAUACUUCGCCUUAUCUGUAAAGUGUGAAGUAUGUAUAAAAUUAUUUCGAGGAAAAUAGAGGAUAAUGUCAUUUAAAACAAAGAUUUAUAUCUAAAUUUAAGAUAAUUCCGUAAAUUGUUCGAAACUGGCUAUAAAAAUGCCACGUUAUUCCUGCUGAGGUAAGUAGUAUCAAACUGCCAACAAACAAUGAAAACAAUUCUUGCAUUAGUUCUCCUCUCUGUCGCUCUCUCUUCCGUCUCUGGAUACGAUAGUUACAACAAAAAACGUCAAAUAACCGUUGAUGAUUUAACUGGACAAUAUUGUGGAAUAAAAAAUCGCCAAGCAUUCAACUAUUGCUUGAGAGAGAAUGGAGUUGAAAUUAUUGUCGAUUUUUACAGUAAUUGUGUCAGACAAGUAAAAUAUUACGAAACUUUGGAUGAAAUAAAGAAAUUCAUUUGCAACACAAGAACCGAUGCGGAAUAUGCAAAGUAUUUACAAUGCUUUGCCUCCGCAGCGAAUGCAGAAAGCAAAGUUAAUCCAAAUCUCAUGGAAAUCACUCAGAAAUGCAUAGACGAAGUUACGGGACACGAAUAA